AUGAACUCUAGUCCUCAAGAAGACUGGAGAGCGUAUUUGGAACCCGCGAGGCGUUCUGUCUCACUUAGCUCUUCACCCUCAUAUCACCACUCCUUUGGGCCACAAUCAGAAAACGAGCCCAAUGAUUCUCACCACUCCUUACUUCCAUUGCAGCGGUCGAGUUCACACCGGGCUUUUCAGGACCCGACCCCAUACUUUCAGAGCCGGUUCAACCCAGAGAACGUGAGUGAAGAACCAAUGGGCCAUAACCCAUUGGGACCAGAAGACCACUUUCCUGGAGCCCAGGAUAUGGAUAUGGACGAGGAUCCAGAUCCAGAGCCUGCCGAGCCGCCAACUGGGACGCCCACGCAUCCCACAGAGAUUUCAGACGGAUCAUCUUUCCAUGGAUCGCCUUAUAGAGGUCCUGACUCUUUUGCCCAAUGGUGGAGCAAUUAUAAUUGGGAGUACACACCUUGCCACCACUCAUCACCACACCAACAGGUCCCCUCAGAAGAUCCACAUUUUGAGGCGGUCACUCCAUCGCCGCCGCCAGAGCAGCAACCGCCUCCAGAACCACCGAGGCGAAGAAGAUCAGACCCGCAGAUGGGUGGGCCUUCAAACCCCGUUUCAGAAGUCGACUCAGCUCCAGUCGCACCGCCACCACCAAUGGGUUAUGAUAACCCAAUUCCUUCAUACGCCGGUGCAGCGGCGUAUAACCCUUUUGAGCAACCAGGCUACCCGGGGUACAACUACUACAAUGCCCCUGCCGUCGACCUGUACCUUGAGGCGGCCAACUACAAUGCUCUUCAUCCUGAAGGACUAUUUCAAGCUACGUACCCAACUGGGGACCUAGUGUAUGGGUAUCAAUACCCACCACCUCCUCAACCUCUACCGCAGCAGCAGCCGCAGCCGCCAUAG